UUUGAUGGAGGUAUAUUAAUCAGUCUCAGUGAAUAUUGUGAGUCGAAGAGAACGUUCCACAUACAAGCUUGUUAUAAUGAAGAUCUUCACGUUAUCUGUUGUUAUACUCGGAGUGAUCUUCAGUGUUGAGAGUGAAAAGAACAAAGAUUGUCCAACAAUCAAGUCGAAACGCCAAUGGAGUGGACUUGCAGCUAAAAAUGUCGACUAUCAAACUAUUCCAGUUCAAUAUGUGAUCGUUCAUCACACAGUUAGCCAGGAGUGUGACUCUUUUGCAGAAUGUGCAACCAUUUUACAAAAUAUUCAAAAUUAUCAUUUUAGCUUGGGAUACAGUGAUAUUGGAUACAACUUCCUCAUUGGUAAUGAUGGAUUAGUUUAUGAAGGAUGUGGAUGGCAUAAAAUUGGUGCUCAUACCUACGGUUACAAUCGUAACGGUACUGGCAUAGCUUUCAUUGGAGAUUUUACAGAUAAACUUCCCUCGCGAAAAGCUUUAAAUGCAGCAAAGAAACUUCUACACUGUGGAGUAACUUUGGGCGAAUUAGGACCAAGAUUCAAAUUGUUAGCUGCUCGUCAAGUACAAGGUACAAUAAGUCCUGGAUUGCCAAUUUAUGGAGAAAUGCAAGAAUGGGAUAAUUGGUCUGAGAGUCCAUGAAAAUAAAAUUGAAAAAAAAAACACUGCUGAAAAUACUCAAUAAAUAAAAUUCUUUUGACUAUUUAAAAAAAAAAAAAACUAAGGGCCAAUUUUUCAAUAGUCAGUUAAACAGUCAGUUAGUACUUAUUCCUAAGGAUAGAGAAAAAAUCAAUUUUUCAACAGGCAGAUAUAGCUUAUUCCUAAGAAUAAAUCUAUCCACUUCUUUCAGAGACGAAUAAAAUUAUUCUAAGGAAUAAUCUCAAUAAAAAUAUUGUGUCAGUUGUCAAAGCUGUUUUGAAAGAAUUUUGAAAAAAA